UAUGGAAUGUUUCUAUCCCUAUGGAUAUAUAUAGAUUGGAUAAAAAAAAUUGAAGACACACAGACUCUACAGACCUGAUCCAAUUGGGUUCAUGGAAAACUUUGGUGAAGCAACGAAGCAUGGAAUUGGGGAAAGCGGUGAUGAACCACCAGCUAAGAUCAGAUGUACGGAAAGCAGCUUAACAAAUACAGAUUCGAUCAAACUCUCCGAUUCUAUUUUGCUGUUUCGAGAUAAAAAAAUUUCGAACCAUGGUGAUGUAUAUGAAGGAGAAAUAUCGAGUGCAACUUAUGGAACUCGUCCGAUUGCAAUAAAGUUUGUUCAAUACAACAAACAAAGUGUGGAAGAGGCAAAAAUUCUUUACCUACUGAACCCUCACACUCAUGUAGUCUCUGUGAUUCAUUCAGAUGAAUACCAUCAAGGUCCAAUGAAAUAUAUGUACAUUGCAAUGGACAAAUGUAACCAAGACAACUUGAGAGGUUUUGUUGAAAAUCGAAAGAAAGCCGAUAUCCCAUUCGAUCCUGAACUUGCACUUGAUUUUGCAAAACAGUUAUUUGCUGGAAUUUUAUACAUUCAUGAUAAACUUGUGGUGCACAAAGAUCUCAAGCCUGAUAAUGUGUUCUUAUCCCUGGAUCAAAAAGUUGUCAAAAUUGGUGAUUUUGGCAUAAGUGAAGUCAUCGAGUCCAAGACACAAACAGUUUACACCAGAAAAGGUCUUGGUACUGACGGUUACAGACCCCCUGAAUCAUUUGUGCCUGGAUUUCCAACUUCCCAAAAAACUGACAUAUAUUCACUGGCUGUCAUUGUUUACUAUGUAUGGAGUGACGGUAAACAUCCCUUUGGUGACGAAAGGGAUCUAUGGAAUCAUUUCAUGAAAAACCAUAAAAACCUGGACCUGGAUGGACUUUUAGUUCCAGAAAAAGAAAUUGCGAAAGAUUUACUGGAAUGGAUGCUGCAGUUUGUUCCUCGUAAACGUCCAAUGAUAAACGAGGUUCUCUCUCAUAAAUAUAUGGCUCCAUCGAAUGUAAAAGGUUCACUAUUCCGAGAUUUGCAGGAAGAAUUUGCACCUGGCAGGUCUCAAACAAGCAUCCAUGACGAACUUUUGCUUCCACAUUUUGAAAAUGGAACUUUCAAAUCAGAUUCGCCAACAAAAAAGAAAACUAAAAGUCAUUCUUCACAAGUUGCAACUUCAUUAUCAAAGCUUGUUAACAAUAUCCACUUUGCAAAAUAUCUUGAAGCCAAAGAAAAGAAUAGAAAGGCAGCUCUGAACUCAAAAAAUCGCAAACAACUCACUGAUGACAUCUUGUGGUCUAAAGACAAUGUGGUUUAUGAGAGUUUAAAUUUCACAGUUUACGAAGGUCAACGGAAACUUCCAAAUUCAGUUACAGAACCCUUAGCAAUAUGGGUGUGUUCUUUGCGGAAUGAAAACUUUCUACACGAACUAAAAGCUCUUCAGCAACUUCCACCUCAUUCAAACGUAAUCUCUGUUAUUGCUAGUGGUCGUUUGAUUGAAACAUGUCAAAUUUUUGUUGCUACUGAAAGAUGCCAGUUCCAAACUCUUGGUAAUUAUUAUAAAGAAAGAACGAAAAACAAAAUUCUUUUUGAUCCUAGACUUGCUCUCAUACAUGCAAAACACUUUAAAGAUGAUAUUUUAUCCUUGUGUCACAUCUUGUAUAAAUUGUGGUCUAAUAAACUGAUUGACCGAAGGCUAAUCUCAGAUUCUACAGUAGCUAUGGAUCCAAGUGCUUUACUGAUUCCUAACCCUCACUUGGCCUUUGAUUUGCUCACAAGAAUGACACACAAAGAUAAAGACCAACGACUAACAAUUCAGCAGGUUGUUGAUCAUAAAUUCUGGAAAAGUAUCAACAUUUAG